UCUAUUCUCCUAAAACUAGGUAUUUCCCUUCUUAUAAUACUUGUGCAGUGUGCAAGAAAAUUGAACUCCUAGGUUGUCACCAUAGUUUGCAUAAAUUUGAUGAGACUUCCUCCACUACAACUAUAUACACCCCCACAAGUUACAAUCAAAACUAAAAACCACCCAAGCUUAAUCCUCUCUUUCUCCACACACAACUUCAAGUAAUUAUUUUUCUCAUCUUAUUGUUAUAAUUAUUGCUCCUUUACAGAUAGAUAAGGCCAUAAAUAGGUAUUAUAGAUAUAGACACAUGUUAUUAUAGAGAAAAGACAUGCUCAUUUCAUUUCUUCUCACCUUCCUAGACCUUUCCUUCAAUCACACCACUCUCAUUUAUCAUCAAUAAUAUUAAUCUCAUCCCCCUGUUAUCUUUCAAUUCUCUUCUUGCACCUUAAUCAAAAGGGCUACAAAAUUUAUCACCAUUUUUCGUAGAAGAAAAAUCCUGUUUUUUAAAGGUGUGAAUUUAAGAUAUGGGUUUGAGUUCUAAACAAGUUUCUUCUAAUAGAGAUAUUGAUUGGAACCAAACCUUGUUGCAAGAUCAAAACUUGGAGCUGCCAAAAUCUCUUCCUAUGAAGAAACAACAACAACAACAACAAACUCAACAAUCAGAAGCUGUGAAAUGUCCAAGAUGUGAUUCUACUAACACCAAAUUUUGUUACUACAACAACUACAACAAAUCUCAACCUCGCCAUUAUUGUAGAGCUUGUAAAAGACAUUGGACAAAAGGUGGAACUUUACGCAAUGUUCCUGUUGGUGGUGGUAGAAAGAAUAAGAGACUCAAAAAAUCAACCCCCCCAACUUCUAUUAACACCUCCACAAACACUACUAUUAACACCACCACAAAAACUUCUAUUAGCACCACCCCCACAACUUCAAAUACAAACAUGGAUGCUGAUUUCAAUACCAACAUGACAAAAAUUCAAACUUCACACCAAAAACAGAAUCUUUCUGAGUUUGGUAUUGGUAAUGGCAUGUUUCUUAGUACAUCUAUGCCUUUUACUCAAAAUCAAAGCUUUUUAUUCCCAUUUUCAAACUCAACCUCUUUUGAUACAAAUACAUGUGCUGCAGUAUCAACCUCUUUGAAAUCAUCCAAUAAUGUAUAUAACUAUGGUGAAGAGUUUAAAACAAUGGAGGAUUCAAAUAUUAACAGUGUAAUUCCAAGUACUAGUGGUGGCAAUAUCACACAGCCAUGGGAGAUGCCUGCAACAAGUAAUGGAAUGGAAAUGUCAAACUAUUGGAGUUGGGAGGAUAUUGAUUCUUUGGUCUCAACUGAUCUUAAUGUUCCUUGGGAUGAUUCUGAUAUCAAACCUUGAUAUAAAACAAAAAGGUUUGUUAACAUAUGGUAGUGUUCAAUGUCUAUAGACUCGUAUUGAAAAUCCGUGCAACACAGCGUAACUGCAGAGAUUAAUAUUCUAAGGGAUGGAUGAGAAUUGAAAUGGGGUAUGGUCCAGCAAAGCUGAACUGACAGAAUGUGAUGGAAGAUUCUUAUGGAUAUAUGUUGGAGUGAUGAUAUAACAAUGAUUCAUCACAACCACUUGUUCAGAAUCAUUCUUUGCUUCUGUGCCACAAAGAAAGAAUUCUGCUUGCUUUCUAUUUAUUUGUCAUUUUAUUUUUUUAUUUUAUAUUAAGAACACAUAGAUAUCCCUCCACCUCCACUUAGUUACAUACGUUAAUUUUUCGAAAUAACUGAAAUUUAAAUGUUUAUUUUUUAAUAUAUAUAGUUUUAUAGGUACUAUUAGAGAUUAAACUCUUAGUUAAAUAGUUAAGAUAUUCAAACAUUUAUCAUGAUAUUCUAUUAUAAUCGUGAUAUGAUGUUUUCAUUUUUGUUAUAGUUAAAUUAAUAUAAGUAACAGUGUAGGGUAUCUUUUGUUUGCCCCACAGUGUGUUCCAAGGUUUGUUUUUGUUUUGUAUUAUUGUUAUUGCUGAGCCAUAUGAACCAACAAAACAGAAGAGCACCCUGUAGUGUAGUACUACAUGAAUAUUCUUAUUCUCAUUUCUCAUUC